AGUCAGUGGGACAGACAGACAGGAGACAGACAGACAAGAGGAGUUGUCCUGUCCUGAAGGAAUCUCUGACAGUUAAUGGAAACUAUUGAGGUUCAGGACUGUAGCAGGGAAUAACCUUAAUUUAUAUUAAUCUGAAUAUAGGAAGAGUUCCUAUCAAGGUUUGUCUGUUGACUCUGAAGACAGUAAAAGGUGAUGAGUUCUACCAACAACCGACGAGAAGGACACAGACACGGAGGAGGACCGGUGAAAGGACUCGUCCAGAAAGUCCAUACACCAGACCCGUCCCUAAAUGAUUCACUGGAGGGAGACAUUCAGGCCUUCCUCGUUGAUGAAGAACAACUCCACACUUAUGACGACCUCACCAAAGUCAACCCGGUGACCCCAUCAACAGUGCUGAAAUGCCUGCAGGCCAGGUACAGCGUGAAGGUGUUUUACACCCAUGCUGGCUGCACCUUGGUGGCUCUCAACCCCUUCCAGCCCAUCCCGGACCUCUACUCUCUGGAUGUGAUGAAGGAGUAUCACUGCGCUCCUCAGCCACAGGAGUUCAAACCACAUAUCUUUAUUGUGGCGGAAGAAGCCUACAGGAAUGUUCAGGGCCAGGUGGAGCCAGUGAACCAAUCGUUGGUGGUCAGCGGUGAGAGCGGCGCAGGAAAGACAUGGACGUCCCGUUGCCUGAUGAAAUACUACGCUACUGUGGCGGCCUCGUCCUCUGUGGUGAAGAGUCAGGACACGGUGGAGAGGAUAGAGAGGAGGGUGCUGGACUCCAACCCCAUCAUGGAAGCUUUCGGCAACGCCUGCACGCUACGGAACAACAACAGCAGUCGCUUUGGGAAGUACAUCCAGCUCCAGCUAGACAGGUGUCAGCUGUUAGUGGGGGCGUCUGUGCAAACCUAUUUGCUAGAGAAGACCAGGGUGGCGUGCCAACUGGCUAAUGAGAGGAACUUCCACAUCUUUUACCAGAUGAUGAAAGGGGCCACAGAUGAGCAGAGGAAGGAGUGGAAGAUGCCACAUGACCAACACUUUGUGUGGCUGCCAAAUUCUGAAAAAACUGUUGAGGAGGAUUGUUUUCAAGAGACUGUCGAGGCAAUGGUUCACCUGGGCAUUAAUGCAGAAAGACGGAGUCAGAUAUUCAGGAUAGUAGCAGGGAUCUUGCAGUUGGGGAAUGUGAAUUUCUCCUCUUUGACGGAUGAAUCACAACCUUGUAACCUUGAUGAACUGUCCAAAGACUUCUUGCAGAGGGCUGCUGAGCUGCUGUGUGUCCCUGCCGAGGAGCUUCACACGUCUUUAAGAGUGAGGACGCUGAAGGCGGGGAAGCAGAGCGUGCUCAAGCCUUGUUCCCAGGCAGAGUGCAUCAUGAGGAGAGACUGCCUGGCCAAGGUCAUCUACGCCCAAUUAUUUGAAUGGCUGGUUACAUUCAUCAAUAACAGCAUAUGUGCAGACACAUCCACGUGGUGCAACUUCAUAGGAGUUCUAGAUGUGUACGGGUUCGAGUGUUUCCAGAUCAAUAACCUGGAGCAGCUGUGCAUCAACUACGCCAAUGAGAAACUGCAGCAGCACUUUGUGGCUCAUUAUCUCAGAGCUCAGCAGGAGGAAUACGUGUCCGAGGGGUUGGAGUGGUCCUUUGUCAAAUACCAAGACAACCAGAGAUGUCUGGAUCUUCUAGAGGGGAGCCCUGUCUGCGUGUUUUCUCUUCUUAAUGAGGAGAGUCGUCUUAAUCGAGCCUCAGAUGCGAAGACAUUCAGGGUCCGUCUGGAGAAGGAGCUCCGUGAUAACACCAACAUCAGCUGGGACAAGUUCAGCAAGGAGCCACACUUCACUGUGUCCCAUUACGCUGGCAAAGUCAACUACCAGAUACAGGGGAUGGUGGAGAAAAACAAGGACCCAGUGCCACCAGAGCUCAUCAGUCUGCUUCAGAAGUCUGACAACCCGCUGCUUCACCAGAUCUUCACUGACCAGGAAACUGAGAACACGACUACCAAGGGGCUCAGUAAAGUCACUGUGGUCUCCAAGUUCAAGAACUCUCUGGAGAGCCUGAUGAAGAUCCUCCACACCACAACUCCUCACUACACUCGCUGCAUCAAACCCAACCCAGACUGCAAGCCUCUGACCUUCAAAAAGGAGGAGGUUAUCAUGCAGUUGGAGGCCUGUGGGAUUGUGGAGACUAUUCAUAUCAGUGCUGCUGGCUUUCCAAUAAGAGUUCCUUUCAAAGGCUUCCUGCAACGUUAUGGACUGAUCGCAAAAUAUUCAAGUCUCAAUUCAGGGACUCAUUGUGUUGAUGUGGAGGCCGACAGCGAUGACGCUCUUCGACAAGAGGUGGAGAAGCUCCUCAGCGUUGUGUUAAAGCACAAGGCGUUUGACCCCUCAAGCAACCCUGACAGUGGAAAACCCAAUUCAUGGGUGCACUGCGGAAGGACUAAAGUUUUCCUCACCCAGUUGAUGCUCGAUUUGCUGGAGGAUCAGCGGAAGAAGAUCCUGUCUCAGUGUGCCUUCUCCAUUCAGUGCUGCUGGCUGCGGUUCCAGCGGCGAAGACGUCGCGCCCGUCAGCAGUCUGCCGUUCUGAUCCAAGCAGUGGUGCGGUCCUGGCUGGUCAGGAGGCGAACCCGGAGAUGGAACAGAGCAGCUUCAGUCAUCCAGAACACCUGGAGGAAGUGGAGGGCACUAUUGAAAGCCCUGGCUGAUGCUGAACUGGAUGAUCCAAAGGACCUUGUGGAGGAGGAAAAGCCAACAUUGAACCCUGUUGUCAGGGAGCGCGGCUCGGUGCAGCUCUCCUCCAUCCCGGAGCCUGUCCCAGUGCGAGGGUGGCCGAUGGGCCUGGCUCUGGCCUCUGCCCCGUCCAUCACCAUGUCUCUGACCGCCACGGGCUUCCAGAAGAUGGUGUCUGUGAUGGCCUCCCUCAACCUGCCCUCCAGGAGAGGGGGGUAUAAGGUGAAGCCCAACCAGUACUCGGAGGAGCUAGCCUCCAUACGGGCUCAACCCAAGGGAUCUGUAAAGCUGCACUGUCAGCGAUCUCCACUUCUGUAUGCUGACAGGCAACCAGACAUGAAGAGUGACGUGACAGGAUUCAACGCCAUCCUGCUAGAAAAAACUUUAUAAGAGUUCCACCUUCGCAGAACACUAAAGGCUGAUUCCAUGGACACAGAUUAAGGACAGUCUUCCAUAAUCUGACCCAAAGGGAACAAACAUGGUAUUUUAUGCUAUCUUUUUGUAUUUCAUGUCGUCAUUUACCGAUCAAUUUUUUUUUUUAAAGAAUGCCAAAGUUCAUCUCACUCUGUGUUAUACAAGAUUGCAACGACCUGCAAAACCUGCACCAUGGCAUAAUAAUAUUCUAACAUACCAGGAGGUCAGGUGAGAUAUUGCACUGUGCUGUGAACCGGAUUUUAUCAUGAAUAAUCUGCGGUCGGCUUCAGGCUCCAGGGACUUAAAAACUAAAAUCUAAAUCUCAGACAGUAGACUGUCCAGAAACACUGACCUCUGACCUGCCACACCUCAGAUAAGAUAUAUAUAGAAAACAAUGAAUGGGGUUUGGAUUAUGACGAUGUCGCUGCAGGACAAGACAAACGGAAUCAUUUUUUAUAAAGUCUUAGUCCCUGUCUGGAGAGCUGAAAUGAUAUGGCACAACUUUAGCACAUUUAAACAGAGGACUGCUGAUCAAAGUAUCGAGUGCCUUCCUUAAAAUCUACACUCAAAUCACAAAUGAGCUGUUAGUCUAAGUAUUUAUUUAAAGAUGAUUAUUUCUGUGUGAUUUUUAUAGAUUUAUUUUGGGUGUAAAAACACAUGGGUCGAUUGCAGAUAUGAUCUCAAGAUCCAUUAUUUUGAGUGUGAUUUAUGCUGGUGGGAAAAAUAGUAAUUAAGCAAGUAUUGCACAUGUAAAGCACAUAUUGCACAUUAAAACCACACUACUGCUCUUAUACAGCAACAAACAAGCAGACGCAUGACUGGUGUGAAACAGGGAAAAGGAUGAACCCAGGUUUAUUCAAAUAGCUGCUUCUUUUUGUUGGAUAAAGGGUUUUUGUAUUAUGCACAUCUGUAAAAUGUUUGACUAAACCACAUUGUGUGGAUUUUUAUCUGCUGCAGUCCAAAGCAUUAAUGGCAGUACUGUAUAACAUACCAAAGUCUUUUAACACUAGUGUUUCGUGGGGCAGAACAAACAUGUUAUUAUAGCAAAGUUUUACUAUAUUCAUACUUUUAAUAUUCAAAACGUCUUUUUGCUCUAAGUAAUGUUACAAACGCUAAACAUUGAAGCGUUAAUCAUCCUAGCUUUUGAUUCCUUGCAUAUCUUCAUUUGCUCCCUAAAUAAUUUCUUAUCUUUAAACCUUUUCCAGCAAUAGAUUCACCGAAAUGUGUCAUUGUGUCGUUAUGACAGUUUGUAAUUUGAGAUCUGUAACUGUUUUGUGAGUGGCACCAAGGGAUCAAUAAAAUGUUCAUAUUUAAAUGACUGUUUUGUUAAAAUAAACAUCAGUGUUAUAAAAUGUU